GGAAACGCAGCCCGGCUCUCCCGUCCCCUCCCGCUCGGCUCCCUGCCCCCCUGUGGCGAAUGUGCUGCGCGGCGGCGGUUGCUUAACGCUCGCGGGGUUUGGCUGUUGCAGGCAGGCGUUGGGAGGAGGCGGCAGCGGCGGCGGCAGAAACAGCAGCGGCGGCGGCGGCAGCUGGGAGGAGGUGGUGACGGUGGCAACGGCAGCGUCGCGGACGAUGGCGCGACUGGUGGCAGUGUGCAGGGACGGGGAGGAGGAGUUCCCCUUCGAGAGGAGGCAGAUUCCCCUCUACAUAGACGACACCCUGACGAUGGUGAUGGAAUUUCCUGACAAUGUGUUAAAUCUCGAUGGACAUCAGAAUAAUGGUGCACAGCUAAAGCAGUUCAUUCAGCGACAUGGUAUGCUUAAGCAACAGGAUCUAAGUAUUGCCAUGGUGGUGACAUCACGCGAAGUCCUGAGUGCACUUUCUCAGCUUGUCCCAUGUGUUGGUUGUCGUCGCAGUGUGGAGCGCCUCUUUUCCCAGCUUGUAGAGUCUGGAAAUCCUGCUCUUGAACCCCUAACAGUAGGGCCCAAGGGAGUCCUGUCUGUAACUAGAAGCUGCAUGACUGAUGCAAAGAAGCUUUAUACAUUAUUUUAUGUACAUGGGUCCAAACUAAAUGACAUGAUAGAUGCUAUUCCAAAAAGUAAGAAGAAUAAGAGAUGUCAGUUGCACUCCUUAGAUACGCACAAGCCAAAACCUUUGGGAGGUUGUUGGAUGGAUGUAUGGGAACUAAUGUCCCAGGAAUGCAGGGAUGAAGUAGUUUUAAUUGACUCGAGUUGUCUUUUAGAAACACUAGAAACAUAUCUACGAAAACACAGGUUUUGCACUGAUUGCAAAAAUAAAGUCCUCCGAGCAUACAAUAUCCUUAUUGGUGAACUUGACUGCAGCAAAGAAAAGGGCUACUGUGCUGCACUUUAUGAAGGCUUGCGGUGCUGUCCACAUGAACGACACAUACAUGUUUGCUGUGAAACAGACUUCAUUGCACAUCUUUUGGGUCGUGCUGAGCCAGAGUUCGCAGGAGGGUAUGAGCGAAGAGAAAGGCAUGCAAAGACAAUAGAUAUAGCUCAAGAAGAAGUUCUGACCUGCUUGGGAAUUCAUCUUUAUGAAAGACUGCAUCGAAUCUGGCAAAAACUACGGGCAGAAGAGCAGACAUGGCAGAUGCUUUUCUAUCUUGGUGUUGAUGCUUUACGCAAGAGUUUUGAGAUGACCGUGGAAAAAGUACAGGGUAUUAGCAGAUUGGAACAACUUUGUGAGGAAUUUUCAGAAGAGGAACGAGUAAGAGAACUCAAGCAAGAAAAGAAACGCCAAAAACGGAAGAAUAGACGAAAAAAUAAGUGUGUGUGUGAUAUUCCUACUCCCUUACAAACAGCAGAUGAAAAGGAAGUAAGCCAAGAGAAGGAAACAGACUUCAUAGAAAAUAGUAGCUGCAAAGCCUGUGGCAGCACUGAAGAUGGUAACACUUGUGUAGAAGUAAUUGUUACCAAUGAAAAUACGUCAUGUACCUGUCCUAGCAGUGGCAAUCUUUUGGGGUCCCCUAAAAUAAAGAAAGGCUUAUCUCCACACUGUAAUGGCAGUGAUUGUGGAUAUUCAUCUAGCAUGGAAGGCAGUGAAACAGGUUCUCGGGAGGGUUCGGAUGUUGCCUGCACUGAAGGCAUUUGUAAUCAUGAUGAACACGGUGAUGACUCUUGUGUUCAUCACUGUGAAGACAAAGAGGAUGAUGGUGAUAGUUGUGUUGAAUGUUGGGCAAAUUCUGAAGAGAACAACACAAAAGGAAAAAAUAAAAAGAAGAAAAAGAAAAGCAAGAUACUGAAAUGUGAUGAACAUAUCCAGAAGCUUGGAAGCUGUAUUACAGAUCCAGGUAAUCGAGAGACCUCAGGAAAUACCAUGCACACAGUGUUUCACCGUGACAAGACCAAAGAUACACAUCCUGAAAGCUGUUGCAGCUCUGAAAAGGGUGGGCAGCCAUUGCCUUGGUUUGAGCAUAGGAAAAAUGUACCACAGUUUCCAGAACCUACAGAAACGUUGUUUGGUCCCGAUUCCAGAAAAGGUGCCAAGAGCUUAGUUGAACUCCUUGAUGAGUCUGAAUGUACUUCAGAUGAGGAAAUCUUUAUCUCACAAGAUGAAAUACAGUCAUUUAUGGCUAAUAACCAGUCUUUCUACAGCAAUAGAGAACAAUACCGACAGCAUCUGAAGGAGAAAUUUAAUAAAUACUGCCGCUUAAAUGAUCGCAAGAGGCCCAUUUGUAGUGGCUGGUUGACAACGGCUGGAGCAAAUUAAAUAAAUAAAAUAGCUCUGUCUUUCAGUGAAACACGAUGACUACUGCGCCCUCUCUUUCGAAAAACUCUUAAUUUAGUGACUUAUGGCAAAAUUUUAUCUUAAAUCAAUGUGAUUCUUUCUUGUUUUGGGAGACGGUGGAGGUAUCCUCAUUAGUUUGUUCUUUCUUCAGGCCUGUGUCUUUAGUUGCGUGGCUGCGCAGGCCUGCCAUAUGAUUUAAGCCAUCUCUUUUCAUUAAAUGUUUCUCUUCCUGUGAGACUUACUAAAGCAACUUAGUGGCAGAAAGUAAUGUUGUACUUAUAAUUCUGUACAGAAAUGACAAUGAGCUGAAUAUAUGGUUUUACAAAGUAGACAUCCACUUGCAAAAUGUUUGGAUGUAAUGUUAAAGCGCAAUGUGCAAAAUUUAAAAUAAAGAAUAUUUAUUAAUAUGCACAGUAAAA